UCUGCCAAAAAAAGGAAAUUUACAAAGAGAACUUAAAAAGAUGUAAUAAGGCAGGAAAGUUACAAACACUGGGAAAUUUCCUCCGUUGUAAGUCAUUUUCCUUUCUGCGUCAGCUGACAGACUCUAUGAACGGAAGUAACCAGAAUUACACGCCACCAGAAUACCUGAGAACUGGGCUGGAUUAUGGUGGAUAUUCGGCUAGACCUAGUAGCAGGAAUGGAUUGUCCUCCUUGUUUCCUCCACCUGCAGGAGGUCCUCUGGUUAGUCUUCAGCAUAUUGAUAUGUUGUCUAAGAAAGUAAUUGGUGCAUCAUAUUCGAUAAUUUAUUUCCAGGAACAUAUCAGAUCAGUCUUUUUUCAUAUGAAACAGGAUCGCAGAGGAGGAGAUCCUGAUCCACGGUUGCUGUUUGGGGUAAGCAAUCCCGGUGGAUUUCUUGGCAUAUCCAGUUUUCCAGCCCCACCACAUUUGCAGAAUCAAACUCAAUACUUCAACAGUGACACAACAAGAAACACAAUACCAUGGCCACCUGCAGCUAUUGCUUUGCCAAAUUUUCAGCCGCAACCGAGUGUGCAAGGCCCCCAAGACGGGUCCAAAUUAUCCCAAGAAGAGCAAAAGAGAGUCUUGAACAGGCUGAAGAAAGAAGCAUAUAAUCCCAUGACAAAAUUGUCGAGAAGGAAACCAAAUCUGUACUACCGAGAUAGCCCACUUACUAUAUCCAAAGAACUAGAAAAAGAGAAGCAUGAAGAAGGUAAGAGGUGUCCCAUUUGCUUAGAAGAUUUUGAGCCUAAAGAGAUGGUUACGAUUACUCCUUGCAACCACAUGUUUCAUGAGGAAUGUAUUGUUCCUUGGGUGAAGAACGAAGGUCGAUGCCCUGUUUGUAGGUUCGCAAUCAGUGAAAGAUUCGGAGAAACUGCAGCUGGCUCUAGCAAUGUGACUGCAAAUGACCAUUCUGCGAGCGAUCUGGUUGCAAUCAUAAGAGCCAUGGAAGAAGCUUUUGUACCUGGAAACAUGAGGCGGUUUGUGGAGUUCCAUCCUUAACCAUAUGACCUAACAAGGACAAAUUUCCAGUUUGAGCAGACUGUUAGGGAAGUUGUUUUUCUGGAGCUGCCUUCUGUGAUUCAGAAAGACAAUACAUUGAAGAAAUUACAAUAUUUGUGUACAGAAUAUAGAUAGUCGUUUGGUAACAAAUGUGAAGAACCGAAGCAAAAUAAGACUCAGUGGAUGCAAAUGGGAUAAUUCCUCUACCACAAGAAGUUUGCGAAUGAGGAAUGGAUUCCAUCAAAGAAAAACUCGGGCAGCAAAGAGUGGUAGUUGCACGGUACUUUAUUGUGAUUCGCACUAUGUUACUUUCAUGCACAGAUGUUAAUGUCUGAUCCAAAUAAAGGUCACAAGCUAUUACAUA